AGCCCUCCUGCCCCCCCCGCUGCUGGCAGCACCCCCACGGGCAGUGCAGGGCCUUGCUUUGACUGGCACGUCUCCCUGUCUGUCACACCGAGAGCCCUCCUCUUUAGGAGGGAUUUAAGGGGCUUUCUAUGGCUAUAGACUACAAGGACAAACAGCCCCCCCCAAAGCCCAGAGCUCCGCUAUGAAGCUGCUCCUGGGGAGAAGAUGGAAGGAGAAAUGUUGGUCUCAGGCAGAUGAGCUGAGCUGAAGGCGCCGCUCCAGCCUCCCCAGCCAGGCAGGCAGAGCGACCUGGAGCUGCAGGAGCAGAGAAGCCGAGCAGCCUUCCCGAGCCGGCAGCCUGCAUCCUGCACCGGCUCCCACCGCCCCGGCCGCCUCUGCCUCGCCUGCAAGAUCUAAGCCUUUUCCUUUGCAACCUCGACUCCUGCCCAUCCUUGUCAAUAAAUGAGGGAGCAUAAUGCUGAACAGCAUCACCGAUGGGCUCCUAUGCUGCCUGAUGGGCAAGACAACCAACGCCGUGGGGCCGCUGGACAGCGUUGAGUCCAGCAACGGCUACAGCUUCAUGGAGGUGAAACCGGGGAGGAUCCUGCGGGUGAGGCACAGCGCACCCCCCCGCCCAGCCCCGGAGGGUGCUGAGGAGCCGCAGCACCCGCGGGGCACGGUGCACUGCAAGCGCAGGAUCACCGUCUACCGCAACGGGCAGCUGGUGAUCGAGAACCUGGGCGAUGCCGUCCGCUCCGAGAUCCUGCACUGCCACAACGGCUGCGGAGAGCCCAACAGCACCGUGGAGCUGGAGCUGUCGGACGUGGCCGGGCAAGCUCCCGCGCAGGGUCCCGCCGGCACACCGGGAUGUGCCACGCGGGAAGCGGCCGCCGCGCCCGGCAAGCGUCGGAAGCGUAAACCCAAGAAAGUCAUCACCAUCGACUGCAAGAAGCAGAUCACGAGCUGCAAAGGGACGCACAGCGACGUGGUGCUCUUCUUCAUCCACGGCGUGGGGGGCUCGCUGGACAUCUGGAAGGAGCAGCUGGACUUCUUUGCCAAGCUGGGCUAUGAAGUGGUGGCUCCCGACCUGGCCGGCCACGGCUGCAGCUCUGCGCCCCAGAUCGCCGCCGCGUACACCUUCUAUGCGCUGGCCGAGGACAUGAGGGCCGUGUUCAAGCGCUACGCCAAGAAGAGGAACAUCUUGAUAGGACACUCGUAUGGGGUGUCCUUCUGCACCUUCCUUGCCCAUGAGUACCCAGACCUGGUCCAUAAGGUGAUCAUGAUCAACGGAGGAGGCCCAACAGCGCUGGAACCCAGCCUCUGCUCCAUCUUCAACAUGCCCACCUGCGUGCUGCACUGCCUGUCCCCAUGCCUGGCCUGGAGCUUCCUCAAGGCUGGCUUUGCUCGCCAGGGUGCCAAAGAGAAGCAGCUGCUGAAGGAAGGCAACGCCUUCAACGUGUCCUCCUUCGUGCUGCGCGCCAUGAUGAGCGGGCAGUACUGGCCCGAGGGGGACGAGGUUUACCAUGCCGAGCUGGCCGUGCCCGUGCUCCUGGUCCAUGGCAUGCACGACAAGUUCGUCCCGGUGGAGGAGGACCAGCGAAUGGCCGAGAUCCUGCUCAUCGCCUUCCUGAAGGUGAUCGACGAGGGCAGCCACAUGGUGAUGAUGGAGUGUCCCGAGACGGUCAACACGCUGCUCCACGAGUUCGUCCUGUGGGAGCCCGAGACACCAGCAGGGGACGGGCAAGGGGAGAAGAAAUAAGGCAGCAGGACAUGGUGACCGGGCUGCUCCCAUGGGAGAGAUGUUUCGGAGCAGAGCAGAGGCUGCCCUCGCCGGGAGCUCAGCCCCUUUUCUUUCCCGGCCAUGGUGGAGGCUGGUGGUGGAGCACGGAGGCUCCCCCAGGCACGGGGCCGGCAGCAGGAUCACGGCAAGACCUGGUCCCCAUCCCUUUGGGGACAGCACGGCAGCCACUGGAGCGACUUCAUCCUCUUUCUUUGUAGUAUUCUUUUCCCCUGGGGAUGGAGAGGAGGCAACUGUGGGGAGACUGGUCCCACUGCAGCAAAAGGGGAAGAACUGGGAACGUUCCUCCAGGGAGAGGCUAUCGGCUCCGGCUGCAGGAGCUGAGCUGGGGUUGCUUUGAGGAGAAGCCAGAAGCUCCUUGGCCUUGAGGGGCUUGUUGCUGUGGUGGCCAGCAGCUCCUGCCUGCACAGCCGGGAGGUGAGGAGGAGGAGGUGGGCUGCUCCUGUGGGCACAGAAGGACCGUCAGCUCCCGUUGCGGGGGGGCUGGCAUGGCUGUGGUGGGGAGGACAACGCUAACCCGGAGCUCUCCCGCUGUCCCUGUCCCUGCACUCACGUCCCCAACCACCAUCGCUUCAGGUGCCGCAGCGUUGGCUUCUGCUCCCUCCCGCUGCCGCAUCCUCGAGGUGUCAGAGCCAUCAACACGCAGCAGCUCCCCCAGCUCCGCUCGCCCUUCCCAGCUUCCAGCUCCUCCAUGACUCUGGCACUCACCACCCGCUCCCGGACCGCAUUCCCACCAGGAUAACACCCAUCCCUCGUUGCACUGGGGGAGCAGCAAUACACCAUCCCGUUGCCGCUCUGUCCGGCCUUGCUGAUGACUCCUGGAUGGAUCCAUGGGGUCUUGGAGCAACACGGCAGCGCUGGAGCAAACCACAACCUCCUGAUGGCAGCGGAGCCCAGGUUGUUGUUCCCUGUUCUGUACAUAACGCACUGACCCGGCCGCUCCUCCCCUCUGCGCUUCGCAUCCCACUGCCGGGAGCCAGGCAGGACCCAGAAGGUACAUGAGAAGUGUUGAGGGGGACCCGGGCUCUGCCAUAGGGAUGCACCAGGAUGUGGGAACUGGAGCCAGCCAGGGGGAUGCUGCAGCCUCCCCAAAGAGCUGCUCCCUGCUUUGCUUCCCUCUUAUUUCCCCCCAUCUAAACCAAAGAAACAACCAGGCCCACGGAAACCUCACCCUUGCCCCAUGUCCCACCCGGCCCUUCCUCACCCCAAUGGGACUGACACCACACCGAGGCACCCGGCUUGGCUCCGGGGGCUGCUGGCUGGGCCCUGAGCCAGUGCAGGACCCACCUGCACCGCAGCUUCCCCACGGCUGAGCCCGGCCUUGUCCCCAGGCUGAGUGAUGAAGAAGCGGAAGGGCCCUUUGGAGCCAGCCUGGUGGUGGCCCUGUGUGACGGGUGUCCCCAGCAGCCCCUGCCCUGCCACCACAACCUGUCUCAUAAUGAGAAUUUUAACACCCCUGGGUUCAGAUGGUUUCCACAAUCCGCGCCCCUCCCCUCCCCCCCAGCACCCUUUCCACCUCAUCCUGGCCAGGGAACCCCACACAGCACCCCAGGGUUUGCAAUGAGGGCACCCAGAAACACCACUGUACCCCAAAACAUGGCUUUGCCCCCACUGUGACCCCCCCCAGGCAGCUCCUGGUGCCCAGCUCCUCAAGCUCUGAUGGCCACGGAGCCUGUGUCCUUGUACCCACAUUGCUCACGCUGAGGCCAAGGCAAACUGCGCACCCCGACCCCCCCGCCGCGCUCGUGCCAUUCCCCCAGUAAAGCUGUGUUCUACCCUGUGUCUGAGUCCAUGGGGAAGGGAUGUGCCAGGCGCGAGGGAGAGGCCUGGCGCUGGGAAGGGAAGGCAGGAGCCACAGGGAGCGUGGAGUUCUUAGCCAAAAUAAAAGACCUGCAGUGAUUUAUUUA